CAAACUUCGCAUCAACUCGUAAACCCCUUUCAGCCAGACCAACUUCUGCUAAGACAAAUCCCAGCCAGACCUCUUCAAGCAAGAAUCCCGAUUAGCUUCUCUAAACUUCAAAUGGCUCAGCCGCUUCAGCAGUCCCAGUCUCUCAACAUGAGCCGCAAGAGAAAAUUAGACGUCGUCGAGCAGGAGCUCGCUUCAGCAUCCGACUCGAACCCUCAGAAACUCCCCAGGAGCUCUCACCUCAGCUCCACAAUGCCGACCGUGACCUCCAUCCCCGUUUUUGACUUCCCCACCGGCUCCAUAGCGGACCAUUUCACAGUAGACUCGGAGCUUUUGGGUUCAGGGGAAUUCGGGGUGGUUCGCCGCUGCAUUGACAACGCGACGGGCGAGACGUUCGCGUGUAAGACGAUCCAGAAGAGCCGACUCGUGGCCGAGUCGGACCGCGAGGAGGUUCGUCGCGAAGUCGCGGCAAUGCAGCGAGUGAUGGGCCACCCAGGCGUAGUUAAUCUCCGCGCGGUCUUUGAGGACGAGAAGGAGGUGCACAUAGUCAUGGAGUACUGCGAGGGCGGGGAGCUAUUCGACGAGGUGAUCCGACGGGGAAAGAUCCCCGAGAAGGAAGCUGCGCUGCUGUUUCGCCAGAUCGUUUCCGCCGUCGCAUUUUGCCAUGCGCGCGGCGUGAUGCACCGGGACUUGAAGCCCGAAAACAUCCUCCUUAAGAAGCAGCUCGUUAACGGGAGACACGCGACGUUCGCGAAGCUCGCAGAUUUCGGCCUGGCCAUCGGCCUCGAGGAGGGGUCCAAGGCCUCCGGCGCCGCGGGCUCGCCGUUUUACAUGGCACCUGACGUCCUCACCGGGGAAUACGGCGUGGAAGCCGACGUGUGGUCACUAGGAGUAAUCCUCUACGUGCUGCUCAGCGGUAACACGCCAUUCUGGGGUCCUGACGACAACGCAGUCUUCGCGUCGGUGCUCGGGGGGAAAGUGGACAUGUCCGGUCCCGCCUGGGCGGGAGUGUCGGCGGAGGCGAAGAGCCUGAUUCGCUGCAUGCUGCAGCGGGAUCCGCGGAGACGGCCGUCCGCGGCGAAGGUGCUGUCGCACCCGUGGAUUCUGGUGCAUCUGUAUGGGGGGAGAGUGGUGCGGAAGGUUGUGAGCGCUCAGCAGCUGCAGCACGGGCGGCAGGGGAUUGCGCAAGCGGCGGGGGUUGCUGCUGCCGCGCCUGCUGCGCCAGGCGCAUGAGCUGCGCCAGAUGCCGCAGGAUUAUUGGAGCUUCAAGAACGAUGCGUUCGCUUUGGGGGGCUUUGUGACGAUGACCUUCAGGAGUGAGCUCGCGCUGAGCUCGAUUAACGAUUGAACGCAAUAGAAGCCAUGGGGAGUGCACGACGCCAGGUGGAUGCCAACGCAAGCCUUGCUUUAUGCUUCGCUUGGGGGGAACGCACUCUGUUCCUCCCGUGACCAGUUGACUUGCUCUGCGAUGUCAGCUCGCAAGGAGGCUUGCCUUGGCAUGUUGCCUCACACUCUCUGUCGUUCGUACAUAAUCUGUAUAUACCCCGUCCAUAGAACAGUACUUUGACUGUUGUACAUUAAAUAUCUAAUCUGAUU